AUGGGAAAUUCUUCUUUAUUAGAUCCCGUGGAAGGAGUCGAGCCCACCAAAGGUAGCUAUUACCUUUGGCGCUAUGCCCCCAACAAAGGAGCUGCAGCGCUCUUCCUCCUCCUCUUCCUGGCCUCCUUCUUCUAUAUUUGUUGGAGAAUAUAUAAGACCCGUACCCGCUUCUGCAUUGUGUUUGCAAUCGGAUGUUUCUAUAAGCAACCUAUAGCACAUAUAAUAGUCGAAGUCAUCGGUUAUGGAGCCCGUAUAUCCUCCGCCAACCAAACCGGUCGCAUCAUAACUUAUACCAUUCAAAGCAUGUAUAUCCUGGUCGCACCGGCUCUCUUCGCAGCAUCGAUAUACAUAACCCUGGGCAGAAUAAUCAUCAGCGUCCGCGGCGAGAAAUAUUCCUUGAUUAGACCGACAAGAUUGACAAAGACGUUUGUUACUGGAGACAUCCUAACGUUCAUGAUCCAGGGUGGUGCAGCAGGUAUAAUAGUAGUCCAGAACGCUACUCUUGCUAAAUGGGGUGAGAGAAUUGUAAUACUUGGUCUUAUCGUCCAGGUUCUCUUGUUUGGCCUAUUUACAGCUAUUGCGGUAGUCUUCCACCACAGGUUGAGAAAAUCUGCUACGACCGACUCGUUCAACAGUUUGAUCCCUUGGGAGUCAACCUUAUAUAUGCUAUAUAUAGUAAGCGCCUUAAUCAUAGUUCAAUCAAUCUUCAGGGUAGUUGAAUAUGCCCAGGGUCAAACCGGUUAUUGUCUCAGUCAUGAGUGGACAAUAUAUGUCUUUGAUUCACUUCUGAUGUUCCUUGUUGCAGUCUUGUUUUCAUGGAGAUUUCCAAGCGGGCUGAAGCCAAGAGAAUUCAUUCCAGUUUAA